AUGGUGCCCACCGGCGCGACGGUCACGCAGCUGUGCGACGCGGUGCGUGCAGCGGCAGAGCUUGACGCCAGUGCCCCGCUGACACUGACGAUGGGUGACGGGGUGCCCUCCAGCUCUACGCUCAUCGGCGAGCUCUACGAACACUACAAGGAUGCCGACGGGUUUCUGUACCUCAGGUACACUUCCGAGAGGAAGUUUGGCACCUGUUUCUUUUGUAUACCGUGCUGUUUUCCGUGUUGCUGA